AUGGAGCCUGUCUUGAUUGUUGGCGCUGGCAUUGUCGGCCUCACGCUUGGCCAAGCGCUCAAGCAGAAGAAUAUUCCUUUCGAGAUUUACGAACGCGAUGCAACUCCCGACACCCGUGGCCAGGGAUGGGCCAUUACCCUGCAUUGGGCACUGGAAUAUAUGAAGCAAAUGCUCCCCGAGGAGACGCUGGCUCGUAUUCGAAAUGUUCAGGUGGACCCGGGCAUUGCGCGCCAUGACAGUGGUAACUUUCUCUUCAUCAACCUCGAAACCGGAGAGCCAAAGUUCAAGAUUCCGCCAAAUGUUCGAUGGCGCGUGAAUCGUGAGAAGACGAGACGAGCAUUGCUGCACGGAAUUGAGGCUCAUGUUCAUUGGGACCGGCGUGUAGUCGGUUUGAAUCUACAAGACGUCAAUAAGGUCCAACUAGUAUUCGCAGACGAAACGACGGUGACCGGGCGCAUCGUGAUCGGGGUCGAGGGAAGCCGGUCGAUGGUGCGACAAGUACUUCGACCAGAUGCUUUCAACAACAUCCCCCUUUCCAUCAACUUCACCGGCGUCGCAAUCGACUUGACGCCACAACAAAUCAAGCCUCUGCGUGACAUGGAUCCCUUAUUAUUCCAAGGGUGUCAUCCACCUACCGGGGCCUUUUUCUGGUUUUCAACGCUGGAGACACCUUGCGUGAAUGGGACGGCUGACACAGAUACCGAGCGGUAUCGUGCUCAGAUUUGCAUGUCGUGGCCUGCCAAAGGUCCCGAGGACGAAGUCGCGAACACAAACGAAGCUCGCUUAGCAAAUAUGAAGCGGCGCGCUCAAGGGUUUGUGCCAUUCUUGCAAGAGGCCGUAGAUAGAAUUCCUGAAGGGACACCAGUGACAGAGGUCAAACUGGCAGACUGGGAGUGUCCUUCAUGGAAUAACCACGAAGGGAGAAUCACUUUGGCUGGUGAUGCUGCACAUGCAAUGACAAUGUAUCGAGGAGAAGCAGCAAAUCACGGCCUACUUGAUGCAUAUCACUUGAUGGAGGCAGUCGUGAAAAUUUACACCGGCGUUGCGUCACCAAAAGUAGCCAUCGAUGAAUAUGAGAUCGAAAUGAGAGCUCGCACAAGCCCUGCAGUACGAUUGAGUCGUCAGGCAUGUUACGAUGCACAUGACUGGACAAGACUGGAUGAGACUUCUGCCAUUUUAACAAGACGGGCCAUUGCAGGCGAGUGA